UCUGUGCCGGUGGACGUGCUAUGUCGUGUGUGAUUUUCAUUCUAAAACAUAAGGGGGAAAUUCAAUAAAUUAAAUAAAAAAUCCACAAGAGAAAAGAAAAAAAUAUUGCAUUUAAAGCAAUAAAAUUUAAUGUGUUAAAUCUAUGCAUACACAUGUAUUAAUGAAUGUCUGUGCUAUGGUGUGAGAAAAUAAAUAAUUGUGUUUAUAUAAAAAAUAAAAGAAAAAUUGUAAUAAUUCAAUUUAUUAAAGCGAAUUCGUUAGUUGCCUUCGAAGCUGACGACGACUAGUACGAACACAAAUUUUAUUUUCUUAAAUUCAAGACCAAUUUAUUUACAUUUUGGUAGUCGAGCAGUUAAGUUAGGCACGUGUAUUAGUGUGGAUAUGUCUGUGCAAUUGGCGUGUUUUGUGUGUCAUGUUUGUAAAUAAAUAGACAUGUAUCGUAUGUAAACAAAAGCUUAUUUAGAGUUCGGUAUUUUCGGGAUCCAAUAGUACAUGAAGUGUUUGCGCGGCACUUAAACAUCGAGUCGAUAAUCGGUCCAAUAUCGUGUCAUUUUGCAAAGUGAUUCACUAUAAAUCUGAAAUACAUACAUAUGUAUGUAUAUGUACUAUAUGUGUGUAUAUUUAAAUUGAGUGAUUUUUUACGGGGCGUAUGAGUGUUUAUCACAUUUCAACUGUUGUGCUGCCCUCAAAAUCUGCUAAUUUUUAAAAUAAUUCAUGUCAACUGAGGAAUUCAACUUGUAUUCUCUUGUUAUAUUUGUUACUCUCAUCAUUCUUGAUGAAUUCUUAAUGGUGCUGUAGAUAAUAAUACUAUAUAUGUAUGUAUGUACAUAAAUAAUAUGAGAAAUGAUGUAUAUACAUAUAAGCAUAUAUUGUUCCUGUUGAACGUUCAUAGAUACAUACCUAUGUACACACAUACAUAUGUAUGUAUAUGGAUGUUAAAUAUUUUUCGUGAAGAAGAUUAACGACACUGACCGGCGUAAGUGAAUUUAAGUGGAUAAUUGAGAUGAGCUAGUGAAUGUGUCAGAUUUGUGACAUUUUAUGGAUAUGUAGUAUGUGUAUUAAAUGUAGCAACGGUUACUGCUCUUUAUUAAUGCGUUCAAUGUAUCAACAUUCCACUUGCAUGAUAAAUAAUAUUUAAUUCAACUUUAAAUCGCAACAUAAAGAGCAAUUAAUAGUUGCAGCAAAAAUAAUUUAAUGAAAAUGGUUCAAGAAUUAAUGCAGGGAUGAAAGCCUUUCAUUAGCUGGUAAUUAUAUUUCAUGCCUUGUGCAAUUUGCUUUAUACCAACAACUGAAUUAUGUGUGUAUGUAUUUCGCAAACUGGCGAAUAAAUCUGCGACCGAAUAUCAUUCAUGUUGCUAACGCAUAUUGUCAACACACGCUGACAGAAACUGCGUACGUAUUUACAUUCACACACGGGAAAAACGAUACGUCAAUCAGUUUCACGCAACAGGAAGAAAGCCAAACAAAGUUAACAAACGCAUCGAUGCCAAUGAUAGUAAUAAUGACCAUGUAUGAAAAGGAUUUUAUUGUCAUUAUUACACUGAUGAUUUUAAUGAUGAUGCAUCAACGUGAUAUCAGAUGUGAGGCCAGCUUGCAGAUACACCAUCAGUCAACAACUACUCAAAAUGAUUAUCUCAUCAAUGAAAUGCCGCAGGAGAGAAUGGAUCAACUGAAAAUACCGAAGGACCAAACACUGGUAGUACGACUACCAUCCAACACUCUUCUCAAAUACAAUUCGUACAAAGAUGUAUCCAUACUACAUUUUCGUAUGCCUCCCGACACACGACGAGCUAUGUUUACAUUUAAAGCUAUUGAAGAAUCCAAAAGUGCCUUUCAACGCAAAUGCAAGCCUCGAGAUGUAACAUUGCACCUAAAGGCCAGUAGUUAUCCUGUGAUAAGUCCCGAAAAUAUAACAUUUCCUAGAAAUUUUCUUAGUGCUGAUGAAAGGUUUAAAAUUUAUAAUUUACAAUUUCAAUCGGAUGAAAUGCAACAACGCAUUACCGUUGAUGGCCCACAAGUGGGAAAUUGGUUUGCAGUAGCUUUUAUUAGUUGGACAGAUCCUAAUAAUGAUCGAAUUGAACAGCAAGGUCUGGCUGCAUCAUGUGACACAUUGUUGUUGGCCGAAAUGUCGGUGUCACGUUUCCAUCCGAUAAUCAUAAAUAAUGGUCAAGUGCAUAAUAACACUCUAACUAGCAACAGUGUUGUGCAAAAUGCGAAUGUUGUAAACAAUGUCAAAUAUUCCAACAAUUCAACUUUAUCUGACGUUGAUAUAAAAGUAACAACUUCAACUACAAAGACAAAGACAACAGCAGAAACUAAUACAACAGUACCUAAAACGGAUUCUAUAACUGAAACGUAUAUGCAAACACCAUCAUCAAACUUUUCCACCCAAUCCCCAAAUACUGCAUCAACUUUACCAUUAACAUCUGCAUCUACAUCGACCCCAAAAUCAUAUAGUAAAAUGAACAUGAACAAUAGAAACAGUUCCACUGAAACCACAAACAAUGAAAUCAUUUACAAAUUCUAUGUGCCUCGUAACAUUGGAGUAGCCACUGCACGCAUUUCAUUUGCCCAUGUAUGUUCACAUUGUCCCGAUGUCGGCUUUCAUAUACAGGCAAACGCCUUUCCCAGCAUUGGAGCAGAGGCUGAGAAGAGUCAUGAAAGUAAUUACAUACACAGCACUAUUAUAAAACCAAAUCAAACAGGAGAAAUCUCUAUUGAGUUUUAUGUGCAACCCAUGACUUGGCACUAUGCCCUACUCAAGUUUGUCAGCCAGAGGGGUUUUAUGGCUAAUUCUAUUUUAGGUCAGAUACAACCAGAGGACAAACAAAAUGAACAUGUGCCACUAAGAAACAGUGAGAACUUGCAACGACUAAAGCGUCACGAGGACGAUGUUGUAACAGCUGCCAUGACUGAAGGUAAUGAGACGGCCACUUGGUACCAUUUGCCGUUUGUAAUGCAAAUUGAUUUCUAUGAACCAUCGGACCAGGAUACAAAAAGUGAGAGUAAUGAAAAUGCAAAUAAACAUGAUGAAAUGAAAAAUGAAGGUACAAGUGAAAAUAAUGUAAAUGAAACCAGUGUUAAUAACACGCACAGUACAAGUGAGAGAAACAUUUGGGAACCCAAGCCUUUUCGCGACAUGGAGUUUUAUCCACUUUUAAGACAAACUUAUCGUGAAUUUUUUAUGUAUGACUAUGAUUUAGUGCCCGAUGAAAAUGGCACAGUACCAUCGGUGUUAAAUCUUACUGCUGGCAUGCCUGCAGGAUUCGCUUUCGAUGUGGGUGAAGUGUAUGAUAUCGGUGGUACUUUAUCCUUUGCAGUAUCGAUGAAACAUGGACUGAAAGCUUCUAACCCAGAGGCUGUAAAAGCGAUGCCUUCUAUUCCUAGUACUAGUGAACGUAGUGGAAUUUUAGCGGAAAAGCUCAUUGGCAGUCCCAACAUGGAUUCUAACAAUGACGGAGAACAGGACAAGGGGAAAUCGAACGGUAAAAACUUGCCUCGCAGUAAUCAAACUAUUAUUGUUUGCAUGCAUCUUGGUGAACCUGGAGAGCCUACAUGGCCCGAUAAAUGUCGAUAUGGACGACGACUACUACCUGCAUCUAGUAUAGUCAAUAACACUGACUCAAAUACCAGUACGGGAUUAAUACAUGUUCCUUUUCCCGAAAGCGGUCGGUGGUAUGUCACCAUGGGUUUGUAUUGCCACGGAGCCGAGACAACAUCUCGUGCUACUAUCAUUGAUAGUGUUAAAGAUUUUGUCAAGAAGUUUACUCACAUGUUGGAAUACAUGCGUCAUCCAUGCGCAUGUGCAUCGAAACUUCCACGAUACCGAGAAUGUGUUAAUGAUCCAAAUUGUUUUGCUGCUAUGAAUGAAACUGAGACCCUAAAGAUUAAAGAGUGUCUUAUGGACUCAAAAUGUACAUCAAAUCACCUUGAGAUGACACAAAAAUUUGAAAUUCACCAUAAAUUCGCCACAGAGCAGCACUUUGCCAUCGAUAACUGUAGCACAUCGGUUGUAUUUACCAUUUCUUCGAGUCCCUGUGUUGCUGGACGAUGUGGUCGUUAUGGUCGCUGCUAUCAUUACAUGUCAGGUGGCUUCGUUUUUUCAACAUGUGUUUGCAUGAAAGGUUACCGAGGUUGGGACUGUACUGAAGACUCUCAAGUUCCCUCCAGUAUAUCUAUUCUAAUGGCCUCACUUCUACUUACGCUUAGCAAUCUAUUAUUUUUUCCUAGUAUUUAUAUUGCUGGUCGCCGACAAUUCUACACUGAAGCCGUUAUUUAUUUCUUCGCCAUGUUCUUCUCAAUAUUCUACCAUGCCUGUGACUCGGGAGAAGACGAAUACAGUUUUUGCUUAGUUAAAAUUGGAGUGUUGCAAUUUUGUGAUUUCUACUGCGGAUUACUGGCUAUUUGGGUCACACUGGUGGCGAUGUCUCAUGUACGACAACAGUUUGUCUCACUUCUCCAUAUGUUGGGAGCCAUUCUUCUAGCAUUUGGCACUGAACUGAAUAAGCAAAGCCUCUGGGUGUUUCUCGCCCCAGCUCUUACAGGUAUUUGCCUUAUAUCGGCCAGUUGGGGAAUGCGUUGCUAUAAGUCUCGAAAGUGGUUUCCGGCUCGCCGAUAUUUAAUAGUCUACAUGCCAUUGGGCACAGUUCUUGUGAUGGUGGGUCUAGUCUGUUAUGCAUUCCUGCAAACCAAACAAAACUAUCACAUCGUUCACUCCGUUUGGCACAUGGUAAUGGCAUUAAGCAUCUUGUGUCUCUUGCCCUCUCGUAAAUCAUUCAUACCGAAAUGCUAGCAUUCGCCUUAUACCCGAGAAUUUCUGCUCACCGAGCAGGAGUUCUACAUGUGAACUUUAGCUCUACACUAUGGGUUGCUAUAGCGAACUUAUACGAAAAUAUGACCAAGAUCGCCUCCCAUUAAAAUCACCACAGCACCAAUAACACGAUAUUUUCAAUAGGUAUAAAAAAUCAUUUUCAUUACAUUACCAUCGACGCCGUCGUCAUAGUUAUAGUUAUUAAUAUUAAGAAACUUUAUCAUUUAUUACUAUUAUUACACUUACUAGAUAAAGAUCAAAAUAUAUAUUUUUAAUUGUACUCUUUGGUACAUUUGUGCCUAUUAAUUUAUUUGUGUACUAUGUAUGGAAUAGGAAAAUACAAAAGUAAAAGGAAACUUAGUUACUAAAACAACUACACAGUGAGAUGGCAAACAUUUUGUUGUUUGUUUUCUAUUGAUCGGAAAUAUAUAUAAUAUGAUAUAUAAAAUACCUUUAUAUGCUUGUAUAGUAUAUUAAGUAAGUAGAUAUGUACGUAUGUACGUUUAAGGAUUUACAUAUGUACAUAAGUAUGUAAUUUAAUAGUAAACAUGUACAUAUAGUUUAUAUAUGAUAUACAUGCAUAUAUUAAUGCAUAUAUAUUUUAUAAUGAAUAAAUAACUAAAUUAAUACAUAAAUCAUGAAUUUGAAGAAGAACAAGGAUGAAAACGACAAAAAUACAUAGAUAAUAAAAAACAUAGUACAAUAGAUAAAAUGCAAACAGAUACUCCAAAAUUUAUUUUUUUAUUUACAUACACAUUUCUAAAGCGCACAUUAAAGGUUCCGUUCCUGUAUCACAAAACAUUCUGCUAAAAAAUAAUGUACAUUAAUUUAAUAAAAAAAUGCAAGUUUUGGCAUACAUACCCAUACCAAUAUGCAGAUAUUUAAAAGAAAAAAUAUUAAAACAACUUUUUUUCCAAUAUUUUUUCUAAACUUAGACGAGUUAAAUAAAGCUAGUGUAGUUAUUUUCGGCCCCUUUAAAUAUCUGCAUAUAGAGUCACUCUAAGCGAAACUCGGACCUUUUAUUAAAAUAAUUUUAAUGACAUAUAUUGUAAAAACGAUAACUAAAAUAAAAAUUGUUUUUUUUUUUUUUUUUUUCUUUUUGAUUUAUUAAGCAAAAUUUAUCGUCAUUGUUUAUAAAUUAAAAUAGACAAAAAUGAUCAGGUACAUUUGGGAUGAAAUACAUUUUUAAGAACUAUUAUUAAAGAGUCCGAUUCUGGCUUGAAGCGACUGUAAUUGUCUUGGCAACUAGAUUUUUGUAUGGGAAAGAUAAAUAAUAAAUGAUUAAUAAAUUAUUGAUAACUUUAUGUAUACCGGGUAAAGCAUUUAUGCACCACUGAGUGCAGCAACCAGAUAAAUGUGAAUUGGCUA